AUGACUCCAUCCUGUCUGCUGAUAUUGGUGUUUGCGGGCUGUGCCAACGCCCUGAACUUCACUUCCGUCCUCGAGUGGAGUGACGAUUUCGGUGUCCACUACAAGUCCAGCAGCAAAGUUGACCCACGGUUCCUGGCGGUGUACGAAGAAAAACUGUUCCUGAGUCUUUACGGUUUUGAGGGCGUUCAAUACUCUCUCGCCUGGCUGCACAUCAACGCAACAUCGCCGACGCUUCAACCUUUUCCAUCGACAAUCCAGAGCACGACAGAUUGCAGCACCGUGCGGGUGCGGAGUGCGAGAGGGAUUGAAGUUGACACGAUUGGUCGCCUGUGGGCUCUCGACAACGGCGGAUAUACCUGUCCUCCAAGACUCUUGAUUUUUGAUCUGACCAACAACAAUACAAUCGUGCAAAUCCAUGACUUUGCGGAUGAAGUGGUGUCUAAUACCAACGGCAAAAGGUGGCUGCUCAACCUGGUUCUGGACCAGUCAGAAAAUGGCUGGUUUGCGUACAUCGCGGAAAGCUUUGGAAGACAUUUAGUGGUUUUCAGCUUUGAGAGAAACUAUUCAUGGCGAGUCAAAAUCGAGAAUAAACAAAUCGGAGCAAUUGCGCUUUCUCCAAUGAGGACGAGACAACUUCUUUACAUCAGUGAAUGGGACUCCAAGGAAAUAUUCUCUUUGCCAGUGGCCGACCUUCGAGCUGGAGUGAAAAAUGCGUCGCUCACUUUGAAAGGCAGCCAAUCCACUUCUACUUAUUGGUCAGCUACUGUGAUGACCAUGGACGAGAAGGGCAAUCUUUACUUUAAUCUGAACAAGCAUUCUGUGUUCAAGUGGGACACAAACGCACCCUUUAAGGAGGAACAGCUUUACAUGGUAUAUAAUAUUCAAGGAGGAAAAAAUACUUCGUGUUUAAUUUGUCUAUUUCCAGGUUGA